UUGUAAUCGACCUUCUUUGACAUUGGCGUUUAUUCCAUUAAUGUUUCAAGAGUGUUUAGUGUUGAAUAGCUUGAGUGAGUUGUCAGUGGUCUAUAGUGGAGCUGCAGAAUAAGGUGGCAGCAUGAUGAUGCAUGUCCUGGCAAUUCUCAACGUUCUCUUCAUUGUUAUUGAAGGAUACCGUCCUUACUAUAAUUUUAUUGAUGAUGGACACCAAUCUACCACUGGACAACCUUCAGCAUCAUCACAAUCACCCAAUCCUCCAAAGUAUCUCAGGUUUUUGGAUGAUGGACAGCCAUCGCCUCCACCACAACGUACACCAUCACCAUCACAACGUACACCAUCUCCACCACAACGUACACCAUCACCACCACAACGUACACCAUCACCACCACAACGUACACCAUCACCACCACAACGUACACCAUCACCACCACCACAACAACAUUACCAACAACCACACCAACAACAAACACAAGGACAAAAGAGGCCAGCACCAGAGAGAGCUUCAACCUCACAAGGUUCAAAGAGGCAAAUGGGUGUUACAAUGGCUCCAACCUCAGUAAUUGAAUUAUUUCGUAUACUGGACCUCAACGGAGAUGGGCAGGCAUCAAGAAAAGAUUAUAAAAGGGUGAAAAAAAGUGAUCUUUAUAAAACAAAUGCUGAAGUGAGAGAUUUAUUGGACUCGUUAUUUAAACGUAAACGUGGCAAGCACCCCAGUAAGACAAACUUCAAUAGUUCCUCCAUCGAUCUUGCCACAUUGAAUAAUGGAAACCCAUUCUCUUCAAAUGAUCUUGAUAAAAUCCUCAAAAUCCCAAUGGAUAUGAUUGAAAGUGAAAUUUUAACUGGAGGAAGGGAAUCUAUCACAGCAUCAGAAUUGGCAACUCAUUUAAGAAGCAUCAAACGUAUCAGAAAACCAAGGGGUCCACAAUGACAACACUGAACAUGCUGUAAGUAGGUAUCAACUUGGAGACAACUGGCACCACAAUCGAAAAUCCUUAACUUGGAGACAACUGGCAACACAAUCGAAAAUCCUUAUUCCCCAACACACAAAUAUGCAGUAAUGUACUUCAUCCUGUAAGCUAUAAUAUUAUUUCGAGAGAGGAGAAUGAGAUAAUCUAUAAGCAUUGCAAUUGUUGGUAAUUUUGGAAUAUUUAUUGAUGAUUAGGCCCACAUCAAUAUAUUUCUAAUUCCUUAUUGAUUUCUAUGCAAUGAAAAACUAAAAAAAAUCACUUCUAUGAGUUUGGUGAAAUACUAGAACUGCUGGUUUAAAAGCUGUCUAUUUUGCAUUCAUGAAAUUUAUUUUUGAAUUAGAGGUAGUAAUCUGGGGUAGGGCUUUUGACAGUAGAUCAUCGUUCUCUCACAUACACACUACCAAUCGGACCAAUCAGCAAAGGUCACAGUUAAGCCUAUUCUCCGUUCAAAUUUACUUCGGACUUGGGACGGACAUGUGCAGCAGAGAAGGCAUAAGGCAUACAACAGUGGCAGGGAUAUAACGGCGGCUAUGUUACCGUUGUGUACUGGCCAGCGUUCUCUAAUUUCCAGUGAGUAUUCAAGCACUCAUAUUAAACUUAGGAAGUAUCCUCUCUGCAAUCACAGACUCGACUGACUCUAUUUGACAAAUUGACAGCCACACUCCCACCUAUGACUCAAUCCAUCACUGCAAUUGAUUGAUCUCCCCCCAUUUCUCUGUGCCACUAUAAGCUCCUCCAAGUCUGAAGAAGAUUUGCACAGAGUAGGCCUAUAGUUUAUACAAUGCCAAUUGGCGAGUCAGACAAUAAUAAUUUUCAUCACAUGGUUGCCAAUUGUCCAAGGCCAGUCCAGCUGUAUGAGAAGAUGUUUCUACGGCGCUAACUAUUGCCACGACAGUCGAAAACUGUGUAAGACAAAAACAUGGUCAAAUGCUUGUCAACUAUUGUGUCCCAUGAGGACUUGAAACGAAUGUUAAACCAGCUAUGCAAGGAUUUUUUUUGUGUUGAGUUUGGUCAUUUCAAGAUUAAACAUACCACAAAACGAUUUUAUUUUAGCUUUUACUCCAGCUGUACCAAAACCAUGAACGUUUAUGGCUUCAGCAAAUGCCGCGAGUGCAGUUUGCCACGCAUUCUUAUCCUUAUAGGCUUACAAUUCGUUUCUCUGAUCCCAUAAACAUCUUUGAUCUUUAAAAUGGUCAAGAAAUUUAAUACCCAUAUCGUCCCCCCAUUUAGGUGCCAUUUCCAUUGGAACUUCGGAAGACGUCUAACCUAACCUAGAAAACGUCUCACACAAUGAAUGUUUUGACUGAACUGGCCAAAAACAAGACAGCACACCGGCCUACACCGUUCAUACAGCGCCAAAUGGCGCGACAAUUUAAAUUCCGAGUGGUGGGGGGGCUCGCUAGGCCCAGCCUGUUGUCCUCAGUCUAGCCUACUCCCGGAGACAGUUGAAUUUUCGGCCAAUUGUCGAGACAGUUGGCAAGACAAUUGGCCUGGAGUGUCAAUAAGAAGCCAAUAAUUUCAUGCAAGUCAGUUGCCUUAUGACAAUUAUCUCGUCAAUUGGCAUCAUAAUAAACUAUGCUUUAUCACAGAGUUAUUCAAAAGUAUUCUGUGUUCCCUGUAACAAUCAGCUGAUUGCAAUCAUGUAUCAAUCAGCUGAUUGUGUGCCAGUAAUAUUCAACUUGCAAGAUUCAAUUCACUAAUCUUGCCUAUAUCAUAGAGAAACAAUAGCAUAAGCUAUUAUGCUAUUGUUUCUCUAUUGUUAUUCCAAGAAUUUAACAUUUCGACUGUGGGACUGCUUCACUUGAAAAAAAAAUCCACUUGAAAAAGUACAGAAUAAUUUUUUUGAUCAAUAAUAACACACAAAAAGUUUUCAACCAAAUGUAACUUAUAUUGGCCUACAAGGUUUAUGAAACUAAACUCUUUGCUGAUGAAAAGCAAUAAAUUUUGUACAGGCAACAAGGCAAGUUCAUGGACAUGUUCUAUUUGAAUCUUUCAAUCUCCAAUUCAAAAUGAGUAAUAAUGAAUAAGAUGAUUGGAUGAUGGGUAAAUAUCACUUUUCAGUGGAUAACCUUAUUAAGAAACCUCCAUUUAUUAAUCCAAAUAUCUUUUCAAUAUAGUUCACCAACAGACAAUGUUCAGGAUCCCUUUGAUUUAAGACAUAGAUAUCCUAUACUUGAAGAUACUUCUAAUUAUUACAGUUAAAGCCUAUAGGCAGUAACUGUAAGUAGGUACUUUUAUUAUUUUUUUUUUUAGAUUAUAAAUUAGUAUCAUGUUAUUCUCCAGUUCUUAUUAUUCAUAUGUUCACUCAAAUACUGAGAAUACAUUAACCAGAAAACUGUUGAUUAUACUAUUCUGAAUCAUAUAUCCAGAUAAUAAUAAUUUUAGAUGAUGAUUUAUAUUAAUUUGGACUAUUUGUGACAAAAUUGAGAAAUACUGUAAAAGAAGUUUUGGGCAGUAGCUAGUAGGCCUAGCUGGUUUUGUUUCUGAAUAUUGCACUACCUGUUUGCUUCAUCCAAUAAAUUAUCCGCUUGGACCGCUAUUGCAGUUAGCUUAUAGCAAGGUCUAUUAAUACGGGUCAUGACACAAUCCCGAGAUGCAUUGCAAAAUCGCCAUCUUAUGGUGUCUUACUUUACCAAUUUUCAAAUUUUCCAGCUGUUAUCAUUAUGGAUUGAACAACAUAAUGUGUUAUUUUGUAAUAUUGUUCAAGGAAUAUUGUGUGGUUUUGAAUCGUAAAACGAAUUGUUCUGACAGAAUAAUAAUAUUUAGAUUCCAACUAGGAACUGAAUUUUUGAUUUUCAGAUUUAAUUGAUCGGAGACUUGAAACUCUUUUUGAAAUUGGCCUCGCAUAUUAUUUUCUGUCUUGUACCAAUGCCUUUUGAAUCAUAAUCCUUGAGUUACAAGAAUAACAACAAUGUUUAAUAAUAAAUAAAUGGAUUAUUAGAGAAUUCAUUAUUGAAAUUCCAUUAUUAGAAAAUUGAACACCUUAAUUCACAUAUUAUCUGAACUAGAAUAUUGCUUUCAAAAUGCAUAACUUUGUUACAAGCAAAUUAAAUUGGAUUGGAUUUUCAAAUUUACCACCAUAAGACCCCAUAAAAUGGCCGCUCCUUAAGGAACUUGAGUGUC